UCAACUCUUGGGGGUAAAUCUGCCAUUUAGUUUUCCCGGCUUCCUAUAUAUCCCAUGGCUAGGGUUUUAUCACGGCUUCCAUCCCCUUUGCGAGACUAGAACAAAGAGCGCGGCCGCUACGAAUCCUCUCAGCUUCAGCUCUCGCUCGGUUCAGGAUGGAAUCUCAAGUGAAGCAUGCUGUGGUGGUGAAAGUUAUGGGUCGAACUGGAUCCAGGGGUCAAGUGACUCAGGUGAGAGUCAAGUUUCUGGAUGAUCAGAACCGGUUCAUUAUGAGGAAUGUCAAGGGACCAGUGAGGGAAGGUGACAUCCUUACCUUACUCGAGUCUGAAAGAGAAGCAAGAAGAUUGCGAUGAUGGGCACAUUGGUUCACCACCUUGAAUGUUUACCGCUUUCUUCUAGUAGUUAGUAAAUGGUACUUAUUUGCAUCGGUGUGGUUGAAUUUUGAGGUGGAUGUUGAAAUUUUCUCAAUUGGAAACACUUGGUUUGAUUUUGCACUUGGAAUCUAGUACUCUUUGAACUUUAACUUGGGUAUAACUUUAAUAUUUGUUGUUGAACUCCAUUGAAAUUUAAAGUAUCUCACGUGUUCCUCGUCU